UCAUUGGACGCGUGGUCAGCCAUUUUCGAAAGAGCUUAGGCGUCCUUCUUGUGUGGCUCUCGUUUUCGAGAAAAGUUACUUGCUUUACAAAUGAUGAACCGAAGUAAUAACAACAGUAGGCGAAUUUACGUCGGAAAUUUACCAUCUAAUGUAGAUGAGAGAGAUCUGGAGGAUAUCUUUUACAAAUACGGCGACAUUUCUGAUGUUGACUUGAAGAUUCCUCGAUACGGAACUGGUGGCACGCCGUUUGCCUUCGUCGAAUUUAGUGAUCCAAGAGAUGCAGAAGAUGCAGUGAGAGGGAGAGACGGAUAUGAAGUUGAUGGACAGAGGAUCCGUGUAGAAUUUCCUCGUGGUGGCCGUGGUGGAGGUCGCUCUGGAGGUGGAGGAUUUGGAGGUGGAGGGGGAGGAGGAGGCUAUGGUGGUGGUGGUGGAGGAGGUGGAGGUGGUCGUGGUCCUCCUCCUAGGCGCUCUGAUUACCGUGUUAUGGUCUCUGGUUUGCCACCGACUGGUAGCUGGCAAGAUCUCAAGGAUCAUAUGCGGGAUGCUGGUGAUGUUCAGUUCACAGAUGUUUUUAAAGAUGGAACUGGCAUUGUGGAGUUUUCUCGGUAUGAUGACAUGAAAUAUGCCUUGAAACAUCUGGAUGAUUCUAAGUUCCGCUCACAUGAGGGUGAAGUUGCAUUCAUCAGAGUCAAACCUGACAAUCCAGGACGUGGUUCACGAAGUCGUAGCAGAUCACUUUCAAGGAGCCGAUCCCCAAGAAAAAGAUCCCACUCUCGUUCCCACAGUCCACGUCGGUCUUAUUCACCAAAGAAAUCAAAGUCACCCUCAAGAUCACCAAAGAAGAGGAAAUCGGUCUCUCCAAGGCGUUCCAGAUCCCGUUCUCGUUCCCGUUCAUAGACAUAAACUGUUUGCUGUGAUGUAUUAUUUGUGUUGUAUUACCACCAAGAAAAGGCUUUCACUUUAAACCCUUAGUUGUAGAAAAAGGACUCUUUUAAUAAUUCUAUAUUGUUGUGGCUAGUUAGAUCUUUUACUUUUCCAUGGUAUUAUUUUCAGGACAGCACAAGCACUUUCUGAUAUUGGAAAGGAAAGCUAGGAAUGAAACAUGUUUCAACAGUUAUGUUGCUAAAGAAAUCAAACUGGAUAAGGAAACAGUGGAAAUAAAAUGACUCUUGGAACAUUAGGACAUGUUCUUUGGACAUGGUAUGCAUGGUUUUAAGCUACAGUGAUAUUUCUUCAAGACCAAAAAUACCCCUUUUUAAAAAGCAGACAUUGUUUUGCACUUGUAUUAGAAAUACAACUUAGUUUUAAGUAACACCACAAGUUUGUUUUCUUUUCACCUAUAGUUCACUUUGUAUAGAUUAGUUACUCUUUAUGGCAACUUAUGAUUAAAAGAUGAAUAAGUUAAUAGAUUUGUUCAAUUUUCCUAAAAUUCAUAGUCAAUUAAUUACAAGCCAGUAGCAAUUUUCCUCCAGCACACUAUUAAAUGUUUGGGAAAUUGAAGGGAAAAAGACUAUUUUCAAGCGAUUUUCAUUGACAAGUUGACUUCUUUACAAUCUUGUGACAGAUAAAAAGCUGUCGUCCGGAGGAGUCCGGAACCUCUCAUGUCAGUCAGUGAUCACGGAUCAUUAGGAUAGGAACUGGAGGUCAGCUCCAGUACAGUUUUGGGACAGAACACCGGAAACAAUCAGGAAAUCAAACAAUCAGGAGUCAGUUUUUUGGAACUCUUUCAAUCAUCUGGAUAAGGAUUUGGAUCUUAACUCAUUUGGUAGUUGCCAACAAUUUUGGAGGAAAAUCACAGUUUGGAAUGGAGGAAUAGCAAUCACUAUCUUUCAUACAAAAUGGUCUUAUACAGUAUUCUUCUUUGGAGGGUAACCUAAAUCUGGUAUGAAUUUUAAACAUUCAGUUUUGUUUGAAAGACCUCAAAUUUAGCGGAGUGAAAGCUGAUCCCCAAAAUUUCCUGAUUCAAAUUUGGACAAAAUCACUAAUUUUUGAAGUUUUCAAUGAAAUUUUCUGUUUUUCCCCAACCUUUCUGUCAUAGUUAUCUUGCUUGUUUUGUUUUUUACUACUGACUUUCUUGCUUCAGGUGCUGGGUAUGCUAUGCAUUUGUUUCUAGCAUAGAAAUACAAGGGAUUUUAGCAGACACAGCAAAAGUGCUUUUACAUUUAUCAUUUAGUUUUCCAUGCAAAGUGACAGCACAUUGUGCUCUUCACUGAAAUAAAUUUCUUUCUGACUGAA